AUGUCUAAAAGACUAGCAUCUGAAGCCUUGGAUGAGCCAUUUGGAAUCGACUCGCCAGCCUCGAAGAAAUCGCGAUACGAUGAUGGGCCCACUGAGCUCGCAUUAGGCCAGCCAAAGGAGAAUGGCACUUCACUAGAAGAACGCGACGGGGCUGAAGGCGACGACGAUUUCGAAGAUGAAGAACCGUUAAGAAUUCCGAUACGACAAGCCGCACCGACCGAGGGCUACGACGACUUAUAUCUCGAUACCAUAAACCGCAACGUGCUCGACUUCGAUUUCGAGAAGCUCUGCUCCAUUAGCCUCUCCAACAUCAAUGUCUAUGCCUGCCUAGUCUGCGGGUGCUACUUCCAAGGACGAGGACCGAAGUCCCACGCAUAUUUCCACGCGCUUGACGAGGAACAUCAUGUCUUCAUCAACAUGGAGAUGCAGAAGGUCUACGUUCUGCCAGAGGGCUACGAAGUCAAGAGCAAGUCACUUGACGACAUCAAAUACGUCUCGGACCCGCGGUAUACAAAACAGGAGGUGAUAGAGCUGGAUCACAAGCCACGGAGCGCCUGGACCCUCGAUGGAAAGGAAUACACUCCAGGAUAUGUGGGGAUGAACAACAUCAAAGAGAACGAUUACCUCAAUGUUGUGGUUCAGGCGCUGUCGCAUGUAUCACCGCUGCGCAACUUCUUCCUCCUCGAAGACCUCUCAGCACGACCAGAACUGGUCAAGCGAUGUGCGAUCCUGUUCCGGAAGAUUUGGAACCCGCGCGCAUUCAAAAACCAUGUGUCGCCUCACGAACUGCUGCAGGAAAUCUCUCUGCGGUCCAACAAGCGAUUUACUCUCACAGCCCAGUCAGAUCCUGUGGAGUUUCUAUCUUGGUUUUUGAACAACAUUCACAUGGGAUUGGGCGGAAGCAAAACGAAACCAGGGAGCAGCAUAGUACAGCGAAUCUUUCAAGGCAAGCUGAAGGUGGAGUCCCAGGAGAUCACAGCAAAAGCCGAUGCUGGUGAUCGCCUAAGAUUCGAAGAGGUAGCAGAAGUCAAGGCUGAUAUCAACCGCUUCCUUCUCUUGACCCUCGACUUGCCGGCAGCGCCCCUAUUCCAGGAUGAGCUGGAGAAAAACAUCAUUCCUCAAGUACCCCUCACAACUAUCCUGUCUAAAUACGACGGCAUGAAGGCCCAGGAGCAUUUGAAGCAGCGCAAACGCUACCGGCUCGUACACCCACUGCCCCCUUAUCUCAUCUUCCACAUUAAGCGCUUCUCGGUCAACAAAUUUGUAUCGGAGCGCAAUCCUACCAUCGUCACAUUCGAGGCACGGAACCUAGACGUGGCGCCCUACACCGAGCCAAGUCCAGCAGACCACCCGCCGGGAGAGCCGAUAUGGUACGACUUGGUAGCCAACGUGAUACAUGAAGCAGUGAGAGCAAAAGAGGACGUGGCUGACUCAGGCGAGGAGAGGAAGACUUGGAAGGUGCAACUGAGAGACAAGGGACGGGAUGAGUGGGUUACUGUCCAGGACUUGUUUGUGGAAAAGACGCCAAAGGAAUUGUUGGACUUGGGAGAAUCGUACCUGCAGGUUUGGGAAAGACGGCGUGACCCGAAAGGAAAAGGAAAAUCAUAG